CGCGUGCACACUCCAGUCCAGUAGGAGACGGAAAAGCGCCAUUAAACACAAGAAGAAGAGAAGAAUUUGUCUCAGGUGGAUGUGAUCUGCUGUAAAUCAGUAGGAACUGAUCUGUCCAUGCUGGAUAUUGAUGAUUUCAUCACAGAAAUCUCUCAGCUGAAGAAAGAGGUGACGUCACUUAAGACAAAGCUGAUGGAGAGAGAAGACAGGUUACAGGAGCUGGAAAAGGUUUCCUGUCAAUCUUCAGUGUGUGUGACUGAUGAGACCACCACAGAAUGUCAGGAUUCAGUGUGGAGCAGCAGAGAUCAGUCCACACCACAGCGACUGCUGGACAAACUCUCUGAACAGAGAUCCAGAGACACACAGGACUCACAGCUCACUUUACUCUGUUCUACUGAUGGUAAUCAGGGUGAUCAAACCUCCACAGAGUCUCUGACUUCUGUGUGUAAUGCUGGAGAACAGCAGAUGCUGCAGACACCAGUGAAGAUGUGUUCAGUGAAGCUGCUGGACUGCAGGAACCUGAUGAAGAGGAGAGGAGAAAUCAAAGUAGAGGAACAACCGAGUAAUGAAGAUGAUGAUGAUCAAACCUCCACAGAGUCUCUGUCUUAUGUCUGUAAUGCUGGAGAACAGCAGAUGCUGCAGAUACCAGUGAAGAUUGAAGUGAAACAGGAGGAGAUAAAAGAAGAAAACACAGCAGAGGAACAACAGGGAGAUGAAGACGAAUAUAUUUCUUCAGAGCUGAUGGAAGUGAAAGAGAAAUGUCAAGAACUGAAUCAAGAAGAAGACAAACUUCAGUGUCAGAAUCAUCAUGAUUUUAUAACUGGAGAAAAAUCUUUGAGUUGCUCAAAGACUAAGAAGAAUUUAUCACCAGAAAAGCAUAAAAGAAGAGCAGCCAAAAAUAAUUUCAGCUGCACACAGUGUGGAAAGAGUUUCACAAAUAAAAGCCGGUUUAAUAAACACAUGAAAGUUCAUACUGGAGAGAAACCUUACACGUGCCAUCAGUGUGGGAAAAGUUUUGCAAAUCCAGUUUGUCUCAAAGGUCAUCUCCGCUGUCACUCUGGAGAGAGACCAUUUGAAUGUGAAAAGUGUGGUAAAACAUUUGUUUUGAAUUCAAGCCUAAGAAAACAUCUGAAAACUCACACAGAUGAGAAACCUUACAAGUGCUCUUUUUGUGGAAACCAUUUUGCACACCUGUCCUAUUUGAAAAAUCACCAGAAAAUACAUACCGGUGUGAGGGCUCAUAUGUGCUUUGAAUGUGGGAAGACCUUUACUACAGUCGGACACUUGAAACAGCACCAAAGAAUUCAUGAUGGAGAAAAACCAUACAAGUGCUCACACUGUGAAAAGAGUUUCACUCAGUCACAACACCUGAAAACACACGAGAGAAUUCAUACUGGAGAAAAACCUUACAAGUGUUCACAUUGUGGAAAGUGUUUCACUCAGUCACAAAACCUGAAAACACAUGAGAGAAUUCAUACUGGAGAAAAACCUUACAAGUGCUCACACUGUGAAAAGAGUUUUACUCAGUCACAAGACCUGAAAACACACGAGAGAAUUCAUACUGGAGAAAAACCGUACAAGUGCUCACACUGUGAAAAGAGUUUCACUCAGUCAAAAGACCUGAAAACACACGAGAGAAUUCAUACUGGAGAAAAACCUUACAAGUGCUCACACUGUGAAAAGAGUUUCACUCGGUCACAAAACCUGAAAACACAUGAGAGAAUUCAUACUGGAGAAAAACCUUACAAGUGCUCACACUGUGAAAAGAGAUUCACUCACUCAAAAAACCUGAAAACACAUGAGAGAAUUCAUACUGGAGAAAAACCUUACAAGUGCUCACACUGUGAAAAGAGUUUCACUCACUCACAAGACCUGAAAACACACAAGAGAAUUCAUACUGGUGAAAAACCUUACAAGUGCUCACACUGUGGAAAGAGUUUCACUUGUUCACAACACCUGAAAACACAUGAGAGAAUUCAUACUGGAGAAAAACCUUACAAGUGCUCACACUGUGGAAAGAGUUUCACUUGUUCACAACACCUGAAAACACAUGAGAGAAUCCAUUCUGGAGAAAAACCUUACAAGUGCUCACACUGUGGAAAGAGUUUCACUCACUCACAAACCCUGAAAACACAUGAGAGAAUCCAUUCUGGAGAAAAACCUUACAAGUGCUCACACUGUGGAAAGAGUUUCACUCAGUCACAAGACCUGAAAACACAUGAGAGAAUCCAUUCUGGAGAAAAACCUUACAAGUGCUCACACUGUGAAAAGAAUUUCACUCAGUCACAAAGCCUGAAAACACACAAGAGAAUUCAUACUGGUGAAAAACCUUACAAGUGCUCACACUGUGGAAAGAGUUUCACUUGUUCACAACACCUGAAAACACAUGAGAGAAUUCAUACUGGAGAAAAACCUUACAAGUGCUCACACUGUGGAAAGAGUUUCACUCAGUCACAAGUCCUGAAAACACAUGAGAGAAUCCAUACUGGAGAAAAACCUUACAAGUGCUCACACUGUGGAAAGAGUUUCACUCUAUCACAUCACCUGAAAACUCAUGAGAGAUUCCAUACUGGAGAAAAACCUUACAAGUGCUCACACUGUGAAAAGAGUUUCACUCAGUCACAAGACCUGAAAAGACAUGAGAGAAUCCAUACUGGGGAAAAACCUUACAAGUGCUCACACUGUGAAAAGAGUUUCACUAAGUCACAAGACCUGAAAAGAUAUGAGAGAAUUCAUACUGGAGAAAAACCUUACAAGUGCUCACACUGUGAAAAGAGUUUCACUCAUUCACAAGACCUGAAAACACAUGAGAGAAUCCAUACUGGAGAGAAAUCAUACAACUGCUUAUCAUGUGGGAAAAGUUUCAGGGCAGCAAGUAAUCUACAUAGAAAUGAAAAAAAGAAUUGCCCAAGUAGACACACUGAGCAAAAAUCAUCUUCAGGUCCAACAAGAUUUAGUAAAUAGUUGGAAAGAUGAACCCAAAGAUGGAAUUUUUCCAAAAUGAGUAGAAUCCUCUAAGAAAAUUCAUGAUGUUUCGUUUGUGAACGAAUCAGUCUUUUUAAACCAAUCUUUUAAGUGAACUAAUCAUUCUCGUUUAAGUCCAUACACUGACUUAGACUUCAUGUUCACUGACUUCACUCCCUUUCAAAGCCAAAGAGCUCUAUUUUGAUGCGCGAGAAUGGUUUGGUGAUUUUUCAUGCCUGUAAAGACUAACUAUAGUGCAAGCAAAUAGGAUUCGAGGGUGGGAGCAAUUAUUGGUUUCACCGGCUGAACGAAUACACCACUGAAUCAGUUGUGUCCGUUGUUUGAGUCUGAUUGAAAUACAGUAUGUAUUCUUUGUAUUGAUCCAAGAGGUCAGUGUGUGACGUUUUGAUCUUCUAUUGGUCAUGUGUUCUCUCGUCAUGCAGAUUCGCUGUUAAGAGAUCACCAAACUUAAACUUUCGAGAUGCAGCGUAGUAUGAAAUUUCUUUGAUGAUGUUGCCAUUAUUGAUUGAGUACAUAUAAAAUCAGUGUACAAAACGAUAACUUUGCCUUACCCAGAUUCACUACGGUAAGCCUACAAAAAGAAUACAUAUUUUUAGCUGUCGGGUCGGAUUUGGUGCGAAAUCGCAGGCUUAUGUCAGUAAUCCUUGUGUCUUUACGUCAUGUCUGUAAACUUAGAAAAGAAGUACAGGUUGUUGUGUGUUCUGGCGGGGUAAGCAAUGCUGUUCAGUCACAGUUCAGGACAGCAUCGCAGCAGUCCGGUUUGACGUUUAUCUGUUAACGGUUUGGCAAAGUUUUUUACUUGCUUAAUUGCUUGGAUAUAUUUUUUUGAAGUUUAUAUUGCUUUUCAUGCUUUUAUGAAUUGAACAUUAUUCAUGUGUUUACUGGUUCUGAUGUAUCUUUUUUUUUUCCAGGGAAAAUUCCUUUAACAUGUUUACUGACAUUCAUGACUUCUGAUAAUUGAAUAACAUUGCUGUUGUUUUGCCUUGUGUUUUGCCCCUGUCAUCUGUUUCCCCCGGACUACAGUUCCCAUAAUUCCCUGCCCUCAUCACUGUCAGCUGUUCCCAAAUGUUCUCACCUGUGUUCCAUUCCCUCAUUAGUCUUUGUGUAUAUAAUACCCUACAAUAAGUCAGUUAUUGUUUUGCUCCUGUGUUAUGUACGUUUGUUUUAGUUCCCAGUUCCUAGUCUUUCCGUGUUCCAGUGUUUACCCUGUUUUUGUACUUUGUCUGUUUUUUCAUUAAAAUUCAAGCUGUAUCUAGAUCCUGCUCUCGUGACUUUCUUCAAACGUUAGAGAACAACUGACCACACAAAUGGAUCUAGUGGCAUACUUCGUCCAACUGAGCCAUGCAGAUUUAUCUAUAAGGGAAUACUCCCAUUUUUUCACCACCAUUGCCAGCCACACAGGAUUUGAUGAUUCCACCCUGAAAUCCAUAUCGGACUCACAGCUUGCCAGUGGAGGGAAUUGCCGGAGACCUGAAAUUACACGUGGAAGGAAUACGUGAAGAUAAUAUUACAAACUUCCACGGCUUCACCCCUUGAGCCUGCCACGGCUCUGCCUUCCACGGCUUCGCCCCUUGAGCCUACCACAGCUCUGCCUGCCACGGCUUCGCCCCUCGAGCCUCCCACAGCUCCGCCUGCCACGGCUUCGCCUCUCGAGCCUCCUACGGCUCCACCUUCCACGGCUCCGCCUUCAGAGUCUUCCACGUCUCUAGUCUGUGGCCACCUCCCAGGCCUCUUGACCCUAUCUCGACCCUGGUCUCCUGGGUCACCUGGCUGUCCACCUGGUCUGCUCUGGUCUUCUGGGUCUACUGUUCGUCCGCCUGAUCUGCUCUGGUCUCCUGGGUCUCCUGGCCGUCCGCCUGAUCUGCUCUGGUCUCCUGGCCGUCUGCCUGAUCUGCUCUGGUCUCCUUGGUCUCAUGGCCAUCUGCCUGAUCUGCUCUGGUCUCCUUGGUCUCAUGCCCAUCCGCCUGCUCUGGUCUUCUUGGUCUCAUGGCCGUCCACCUGGUCUCCUUGGUCUCCUGGCCGUCCACCUGAUUUGCUCUGGUCUCGUUGAUCCAUCUUGGCCUUGCCUCCCUUACCUGAAUCCCUUGGGCAUCAGGAGCCGCCCAUUAAGGGGGGGGGGGGGAUGUGUAUGUCAUGAUUCACUGUUGUUGUGCCUUGUGUUUUGCCCCUGUCAUCUGUUUCCCCCGGACUACACUUCCCAUAAUUCCCUGGCCUCGUCACUGUCAGCUGUUCCCAAUUGUUCUCACUAUUGUUCCAUUCCCUCUCCAAUUAGGCUUUGUGUAUAUAAUGCCCUGAUUUCUGUUCAGUCUUUGUCAGUUGUCGUUUUGCUCCUGUGUUAUGUACGUUUGUUUUAGUUCCCAGUUCCACUUGAUCAAUGGUGUAUUUGCAAAUCAAAUUGAAAUCUUUACUGACAGAUUUCGUAUCCAGGCAAACAAAAGACAUGGGUUCCCCCUCCGUACAAUGACAUUAGUGCGCACUAGCUCGCUGACAAACUGAGGUAGAAUUUAGCUCAAUUUACCUUAUAAAUGAUGAAUAAAGUGUAAGAUGUUGCAUGCUAGAAUCCUACAGUGAUCAGCAGGUCUGCUAAGAACAAGCAAUCUCUUCUGGUCAAUAGUUGUAAUAACAUCAUAAACUGAACGCAAUCUUUACAUAAUCCCUUUUUCAAAGAAACAAAAUCAAUCCUCAGUACAGCCCACAGACCGCCAGUUGCCCAUCCCUGCUGUAGUGUAUACCUUUGUAUGAAAUCUUAAGUUUUUGGGCAGUUUCAAGCAUUGUAUAGCCUUCUUCCCUCAAAACAAUGAUUGACUGAUGAGUUUCUAGAGAAAGCUGUUUUUUUGUUGUUGCCAUUUUUGACCUAAUAUUGACCUUAAGACAUGCCAGUCCAUUGCAUACUGUGGCAACUCAAAAACAACACAAAAGAGAAUGUUAUGUUUCAUUUAAUGAACCAAAUAGCUUUCAGCUGUGUUUGAUAUAAUGGCAAGUGAUUUUCUAGUACCAAUUAGUAAUUUAGCAUGAUUACUGUUGGAGUGAUGGCUGCUCGAAAUUUUUUAUCUAGAUUUGAUCAAAAAUGACUUUUUUCAAAUAGUGAUGGUGCUGUUUUUUUACAUCAGUAGUCAAGUCAUUUUUAUUUGAAAAUCAUGCAGAAAAUGAAACUGUAA